AUUUGCUAAAUGUUUCUGAAGUAUUCCAAUUCCAUAUAAAAAAAAUCUAGGAAAGUUAUAAAAUUAUACAGAAAUUCUGAAAAAUCACAUAAAAAGUUCUAAGAAAAAUUUCACCAGGCUUGACACAUAAAAAGGAAUUAUAUUCGAAACGACGUGUUAUAAUUUACGAGAGCUAAAAGUUUUAUCGUGAGCGAUCGGUUGAAUUAAUUAACUUUGAUCUCGAUUUAAUUUACUUUUCAUCCCUUUCUAGUUCUACAAAUUAGAAAAGUAUAAAAAUAAGUUAAACCGAGAUCAAAAUUAAUCUGCAUUGCUGGAAGUGGACGUAAGUUAAUCGAGGGUUGGUCGAAGUCACUCCUAUCGUGGGUACGUCCCUGGAUUCCCCCAGCUCGUCGCGGGCCCGAAACGUCACGGCACUGGUCCUGGAGACGUUCGUGCUGGCUCGUGCCGACCGAGCGACGGAGACGACGGGUGACGAAGAAGAGCGGGGCCCCUCUCCGCGACGCGCUCGUCGCUCUUCUCGCGAUAACAAAAGGAGACUGAGGGAAGAGACGAGGAAAGAGAGAAUGCACCUGCACCGCCGCGCGUUGUUUGCACUGUGAAUCCUAUCCCCUCGCGGGCGCGAAUUAAUCGUCGCUGUCGGACGCGCGACGGAGACGGAGACGGCGACGGCGACGGCCCCGUCACACACUUGUGCACUCACGUCGCGGACGCCGAGGGAAGGAAGGGGUUAUGAGGCGCCAACGGCACCGCAGUGGCCGCGCCGUCAGACGAUAUUUUUGCAUUAUUAGCGAUAUCAUUCCCAGCGUGGCGGACCACCAUGGCGGAGAAGUGCAAGGAAUGCGGCUGUAAGUGUAACACUUGCAGCCAGGAUAAUCAGCAGCACUGUGACAUGCAUCUGCACGCGGAGAUAGAGAACCUACGUCAACGACUGCUUGAAAGAGACAACCACAUCGUGACGAUGGAGACGCAAUUCUUAAACGAGGCUGACAAGUUUCCAAAUGGGGAGCUGGCUUCCAUGAAGGAGGAACUGUCAUCGUUACAGGAUAAAUAUUCGCGCUUGUACGAGGCGCAUAAGAGGGUUCAGAAGGUCAAUCAAAAUUUGGAGGACAAGCUGCUGCGGAUAGUGGACAAAUGUGAGACGGAGAAAGGUGCCUUCACAAAGGACAUUGCGACUCUGUCUCGUAGAUUAGCCGAUGCGAAUUGUACGAUACGUCGAUUGACUCAGGACAAUGAAAAAUAUAGAAAUGACGUUAGUUUGGCUAUCCAAUUGCUUCAGUGUAAACCUUCCAACUUUGUGGGUCAGAAAUAUGAUUCGCUACCUUCUGAGGUGCAGGCUAAAGUGCGAACGUACGUCGCGCAGAAGCGGUGCUCUACGCAGGAUACGACGCAGCCAGACGUGAAGAGCAUCACCGUGCCAAUAUCUACAUUUCCGCCGACUGCGAUGGUGUACAAUAUCAGUAAACCUACGGUAGAAAAGCAUAGUGACGACGAUAGCGACGACAGCAAGCCACCGAUGGAUAUCGUGUCGGCGGCAAUUAUGGCAAAGGUUUUGGAGGAUCGUGAGAAGGAGAGAAUCUUUGCCAAGCACUGCGACACGUGCACGUGUCACAGAAGCAUCCUCACGGUCGAUACGGAGACGCAAACAUACGUGCCUGAUACAUUCCCUAUUUCCGAAGGUUAUUCACACAGUGUCGAAAAGCAAGUAUCGGAAGGUACGUCGAAUGAUGACAAGUAUCAAAGCAAAGACAAAUUUCAAUCGAAUCUCGCGACGCAUACGAUCUUCUAUGAGAUCAACGAAAACGGCAGCAAGAUUCGUCAUCAUAUGAAUGGCGAUUAUGUCAAGUAUGCCGUAUCGCAAGCUCCGUACAUCAAAGACAAAUUCGUCGGCAGGAGCAGUAGGAAUGAACAGGACUACACGACGGAGGAGAACGGCGUCACUACGAGGUCCAAUUUAAACAAGAAGAAUUUGUCUCAAAUUCACGAAAACAAGCGUUCAUGCUCAAAAUUAAAUGACCUUAACAGAAUAAAUAACGUCGACAAGAUGUCCAAACCACUCAGGGCCAAGUGCGAUUCUCCAGUCGAUAGUAGAUCUGCGAAGUAUUGGAACAAGAGCGAAAAGAACUUCUACGAACAUUUUGGCACCGGCUGCUUGGCACGCUCGGACAAUCCACUCUCCGACAAGCAGAUGCACAUCAACAUUAUCAACGAUAGACUAUGGAAAAACGAGUGGACAAAGUUGAAAUCCGAGACGGAUCCUUCGAAAGAGAGCAAGUGCAAAGUGAAUCGCGAUAUUGAGCUCGAUAUCAUUAACGAUCGCGAUUGGAAGAACGACAGGUCGACAGAGCGGCAGGAUGCGCGGAAUACCGCGCAAUUCACUGUGAUCGAGGUCAAGAGUCCGGACAACAAUAUGACGAAUCAUAACGACGGCAGUACGGGAGUAACGACCAGUCCGAGCUACAGCAGCGACAGCAUAGUCAUCUCCAGUUCCGAUCCGUCUAGCAGUUGCAGUGACGUUGCGCAAUCGUUGACCAGUGGUGCCUUCAAUUCAAGCGCCAAAUCCAACUCGAAUCAGAAUCGUAUAACCGGUCCGCGGAAUUGCCUAGUUCGGGUCACGCCAGGCUCAAAGAAUAUUCUGUUGGAUAAUGCCGGCCAUUACAAGACUGUAUUGUAUAGCAGUGGCGGCGGUGGCGGCAGUGGUGGUAGCGGUAAGAUUAGCACAGCCUUGGUGCACGCAAAGAAGACAUCUCGACCCGGUUCCGAGCGUUCGAUUUCAACCGGCAGCGAAGACGAUUCGCCACCGCCGGUGUUGCUGCAGGACAAUCAAUUGCAACGGGUAGCCGAGUGGGUACAGUCGUCGAUGUGUGUGGAGAAUUCCGCGGUGCAUGAUAGCAAUAAGAUUAAAUGUGUAGAAAAUGCUGCAAAUGACACUUUGUCAUCCUUGUAUCUGAACGAUUCUUUUACGAAUCACAACUCCUCGAAGCAAGACGGAAAUUUGGUUCGCAACGUUCGAGAUGCGCCGAAAAAAUUGUUGAACAACGUCGAAAGAUAUAGCGAGAAAAAUAUAAAUAACGAGCUCCUUGAUAUCUUGUCUGAGCGUAUAGAACAGGAUGAAAGCGAAAAUCUCAUAACAUUCGAAGACGAACAUUUGCUGAAUCCUCAAAAAGAUGUGGAGUACGAGGUGAAGGUGACGAAAGAGAUGGAGGAGACGUAUCUGAAGCUCGCGGCGAGCCUGGACCCGGUAACAUUGAGUCUGUCAAGUACCAGUAACGCUGAAUUGACAAUUGAAAAGUAUAGAAAGGAUCACAAAAGGCUUCACACGCAGAGAGUUCAAGACAAGGCGGGAUCAAAAGCUUAAUGUGUAUCUCAGCGAAUUCUUCGAAGACAAUUGACUAUAUCAAGCAGGGAGUUCCUUUAAAGAUAUAACAGAGCGUUAUUUUUUGUAACUAUAUCGAAGUAAGGCUGUACCAACACGAGUAACAUAGGGAAAAGAAAUCCUACGCGUCGCUGCAAGUAAGUUGGUUUCGUUUGCGUUCGUGAGAUCCGUAGGUUGAUUAUAAAGCGCAAGAUCUACACGAAAGAAAUUUAACCGAAUGUAAAAUUAAGUGCAACACGGUUUGAUCAUAAGUCAAUUAGAUAAUUAAUAAUUCUGGAACUUUGAGAGAAGACACGCUGAGUCACACAGAAAAUCGUUAUUUUAAGAUAUGAUUACGUUUCUUAUCAACAAUCUUUUUUUCAUAGUCAUGUAAACAAGAAUGUUGAAUCUCAAUGUUGAUUUGCGACUUUCUGUGUUCAUUUGCAUGUGUAAUUUUCCUCACAAGUUUGUCUCUUCGAUAUGUUGACUAAUAAUUUAUCAUUUUCGUGAUGUGCAUAACAUAUACGUAGUUUUGCUAGCUCUUUCUUUAAGUUCGAUGCAUAUUUAUUUUAGCACAUAUGUUAAUUUAUUCCAUCUUGUGUUAAGUUAAUUUAUCUUCAGAAUUAUAAAUAAAGUUGAAAUAUUUAAGAGCAAUUAUCACAGAAAAUGAUAUUAAAACGUGCCGUGUUGCAGUAAAGUUUACUAAUGGAUAUUAAACGCGUAUUAAUUUUAGUUAUAUAACAAUUAUACGGUCAGUGAAUAAUAUAUCUAAUUAUUUAAUUUUAUGGCGAAAAUAUGAAUAGUUAACCAUAUACAUAUAUAUACAUAUAUAUUUUUCCCAGUCUCGCGAAACUAUCGUGAACAACACACGCGGUGAAAAACAUAGAAACGACAAUAUUAUGAUUAACUUAUGAUACUCCCGGAAAAUAUUAUCCCUUUAUGUAUUAUUUUAUUUACGUCCAUCGUGUUAAUUUCUCUUCAUGGUGUAUUAAGUAUCCACGUUUAUACCAAAGCUAGGUCAAUUUGCGUCAAGGACACUUUAAUCCUUUGCGCUCGGAAUUAUGCUCGCUAUCGCCGAACUAUUUCGCGGCGCAAACGCUAAAUAUUUAAGAUAAGCAAUUUCUAGUAUACUCAGCUUUUAUAUAACGCUGCAGCAAAGAUCUCUCGCGCCGCUGCGCUAUGGAUGAUAUUAGGGUACAAAGGAUUAAAUGGUCAUUUAAUCUUUUUAGCCCGUUUGUCGACGCCACGAAUAAGCAUAAUUGGCAAUUUACCGCCGCAUUACCGACAUCCGUAAAUUCGUAAAAUACGCGCCGUUUUACGCGGAGAUUACAUUAAGUUUGAGAUUAUUAUUCGAAGGAUAAUAAUCGCAUCUGAUUUUACAAAGUGGUACUCUAGGCUCGAAGCAUUAAGUAACCUGCUUCUUCGCGUAAGUUUAAUUUAGACUGAUUUGUGUACAGCGGAGGAUUGCUUCCAAGCGCUUUAGUAACUUCAGUAAUUGUAGUCUCAUUCAUCGUACGGUCGAUAAGAAUGUGUUGAAUGUGUUACAAUAGUUCAAUGGAAACGCUCAUCUGAUUUAACGUUGGUCUAACAAGCUCGCCGUUCUGCUUGCGUUACUUGCGGAUAUGUAAUCGUACUUCGUUACGACGUUCGUAUAGCAAAUUUAGCCUCAGUUGUAUGCGCAAGCUCGAGUUAACUAGCUCUGGUUAAUCUCGUUCUUCCCUUACGAUCUCAUAAUACAAAUUUAGUUGAAGAAUUAGAAAAUUCUAUUUAUAACUAAAUGAAUUUCUAUCGAUUCACCUAUCUUCUUACUCGAGAAAGAAAUGAGGAAGAAAAUGGUGCUACCAGAUGGAUCGGAUAUCGGAUGUAGGAAAUCGCAGAGAGUCCAGGAGUUCUCAAUUUUUCAACCUUGUAGGUUUACCGGAGAAGGCAAUGAAAAACCACUUUAGUUAUUGCUUCUCGGAAUAUCGCUGUAGAGAGAAAUCUAAAAAGCUCCCUAAUCCCAGGGUAGUCCUUUGGUAGGCGAAUCACAAAAUAACUCUCUCUAAAGUGAUCGCCAACGUCAAGAUGUGGCGCAUUGCAGAAAAAGAAGAAAAGAGGACCUCGAAGAUUUAGAAUUAGGCCCUUCGGCAAUAUCGAUUCCUGGCGAAUCGCACGGAUUAAUCGCAGCGUUGCUGGAUGACCAGAAUUAACGCACCCCGAUGUCGGUGCGACCGAAACGCGGCGAGCAAAUUCGCAAUUCUUUCAGUAUUAGUCGAAUACGCGCCGACGAUUAGGAGCGUGACUACGUUUGUAGGAGGUACGCAGAUACAAAGUAUGUGACAAUAUAUACCUCAUGGCUUUUCGACUACCGCGCAUUAUUAACUUGCGACUUUUUUGUAAACGUAAAUUAAGGAUCACGCGAGCCACCGAGAGAGACGUGCGUCGCAACGCAAAAAAACCCGAGAUUUCGAGGGCGAUUUCGUCGCCGGGUAAUCGAAAAUGGUCAAUAGCGCGUCACGCGAAGAAGAUAUGCGAUUUCUUCCAUAUUUCGUACGAUCCUGUACUUCGACGCUUUAUCAGUCGUUUCCCGCAUAUGCGAUCAAUUGUAAAAGCGCAAAUGGCUAUCAAUCAAAUUAAUGGAGUACGAAAUUCAUCUUCGCCUUACCGCUCUCAUCGAUUGUACCAGCAAGAAUCUAUUUCUUUGAUCGAUUAUCUUACUCUGUACACAUCAUUAAUUCUCGAUCGUCUGUUAAAACUGUAUAAACUUCCUGUCUAAGAAACUAUACAAAAUCAUUGUUUUAUUGUAUGUGUUCUUGUAAAAUUUUUGUUUAAAUUAAAAAAUUCGAAGUAAUUCGAGUACUGUUCUCAUGCAGAAAUUAAAGAGGGAUUUCUGUAGAGGAUUAAAAAAUAAACUUGACUAAAGUUUUUAACUCGAUUAAAUUUCUUCAGUUCAAAUAUUUGUGUAUUUAAGUUAAAUAUAUCAAUGCUUAAAUAUAUAAAUAUUUAAAGUUCAAGUAUUUUAUAUAUUUGAAUUAAAUACAUAAAUACCGGAACUAAAAAAAUUUAAUCAAGUUGAAAAAUUUAGUCAAUUUAACAACUUUUUCUCAGUAUAAAGUUACAUGCGACGGUCUCAGAGCAACUGAUACAGAUUGUAAAAUAGUUAUGAAACACAUGAAACAAUUAAGGAAAAAAGAAUGGAUAAAUGAUUUUGGAUACCAAAUUUUAUGGAGUUCAAUAAUUUAAACAAAAAUGUGAAAAUUAGUCUAAAAAUUUGUCAUCUAGACAGGAAUCUCUUUUAAGCCAAUUUUCCAAUUCGAAAUAAAUAAUCUUCAAGUAUCCUGAUUUAUUCCGUUUUCAAUUAACAUCAUUGCCUUGUGUUUGAAAUUUUUUUGAAACAAAACACAUUAAGUCAAUCAGACUCGCAAUUGUCGAUCUUAUGCGAUAUGAUGUGUGUGAGAAUGAGCAGCGUUAAUUAACGUGCGUGCUAAUCAUUUUGUGCGUUCUGAUCGUCUCUGAUGGGGGAUCGUGAGAUUCCUCGUGUAAGCAAUUCGUAUGUGAACGAUCUCUGGAUCGUAGAUAAGAAGGACCGAAACCGAUCGCGCGAGACCCAGCCAAGAAACGGAAUCGGUUCUCGCAAUAAAAUAAUCCGUGUAUGACAGCCGUACCAUUUAUUCACAGCCGAAUGUAUGAUAUUCAACAUGGCGAUGAUUAUUACGUAAGUUCUGUAAAUAAAUAUAUAUAUACAUAUAUGUAUAUAUAUAAAUAAAAUAUAUUUAAAAAACGA